AUGAGCACAACAGCAAUGAAAAUAACAACAGAAAGUGUUAAAUCAAUACAACCAGAACAAAAUUGGCAACAAAAUAAUAAUGAAAAAUCAAAAUUUAAUAUACGUACGGGUAAUGAACUUUGGGAUAGUAUAAUAACGGAAUGUUAUACUCAUCCGACAUUUUCAUGUCUACAAAAAAAUGUUUUCACUUAUUUAGAUAAAACUUUAGAUAUAAGUAAUAUAAAUGUUACAAAUCGUUUAUUAUUUAUUAAAAAUAAUGUUGACUAUAAAAAAUACACAAAAGAAUCAAUAGAAAAAAAUAACAAUAGAGUUGAUGUCAACAAUAAUAAUAAUAAGAGCAAUGACAAUAGUAAUGACAAUAAUUAUUAUGAUAGUAACCAUCAUAAUGAUGAUAAUAAAUUGAAUGAAAUUGAUAAUGAAUAUGAUGAUGAAUUACAAAAUGAAAUUCCAGACGAAGGUAGAUCAGCUGAGUCACCAAUUGAAGAAGUUACAAACGCUCUCUACGAUAAAUCAAUUAAAUUUGCAAUGACGCAUGAUAUUGCAUUAAAAAUGCCUGAAAUGAUGUUUAAUGGGGCAACAUUUAAAGUAUCACCGAGAUCUUUUGAAGGAAAUGGUGUAAUUGUUAAAUUGGAAUUAAUACCAAAACAAGAAAUUGAAAUGCGUGAAACUGGCCGUAUAUUUAAGAAAAAAAUUCAAAAUUUCUUAAAAAACAAAUUGUUGCUGUCGUUUAUAGCACUCGUUUUAAUUAUUAAAUUAAUUAAAAUCAAAUUAUUCUGGCUCCUACCCAUACUUAUUGGUGUUGGUGCAGCUAAAAAACUUUUACUUAAAGUUUUAUUAUUUUUCUUCCCAGCAUUAGCUCAUAUAUUCAAAUUAUGUCAUUAUUAUCAUAGUAAUUACCAUCAAACCAAAUAUUAUCAUCAUCAUCAUUUAAUUAAUCAUCAUCAUACGGCGCCGCCAGUUUGGGCUAAUGAAUUAUCAGUAACAUUACCAAAUGGACCGGAACUAAUCUUUACACAUCCACCAAAAGGUAUACCACAUCAAGAAUAUGGUGCACCAUCAACUGUUAAUGAACAUUAUGAUAAUUGGGAAUCAUCUGGGCCAGGUUUAGGAUCUGAGUAUUUGGCUGAUAAUAUUCAUAGGAAUGGUCAAAUAGACAGCUAUUUUAAACCAAAACCGGAAGAUGAAGAUGAUAUUAAAUCAUGGGGUCUAUUCAAUAGCCUUCCAGGGACAACAAUAUCACCACCAACUAGUCACAGUUAUAAAAUUAAUCCAUUCAUACCAAAACAUCAAAGUAUUAUUGCAAAUAAAAUUCGUGGUGUCGGACAUAAUCCAUUAUAUGUUACACCAUUAAAAAGGCUUAUAUCAACACAUAAAACAGCGGCACCCCCACCACCGCCACCGCCUAUUAAUUUAGUAACUGCUUUACCAAAUGCAGCACAAAUUGCAGCACAAUAUGAUCCAGCAAUUCAUCAACAAGCGGUGCAUCGCGCUCAGGCUAAAGUAAAAGAAGCAUUAAGAAUACAAAAUGAACAAAGAAUUAUAGCUCAGCAACAAAAAAUACUCUCUGAAGAACCGUUUGUUCAAGAUGGACAGCCAAUAAUGCCAAAGGGAUACGAUCCAUUUUAUUCACCAAUUUUAGACCGAAUGGAUAGAAUAUUUAAACAAUUGGGGCCUAAUUUUGAUACAGAUUAUUGUAAAGAACGUUUAGUUUGCAGCAUGUAUAAGAAUCCAGGUCGUUAUUCACCUCAAAGUAAUUUUAUAUCAGCUGAAUUAAGCAGAGAUCCAUCAGAACUUGAGAAACCAACUGAAAUGAAUCAAUCAGUAUUAAGAUUUUAUCGUUUAAUUCAAGCAGCACGAGAUGGCCAAGAACAACGUGAUUGUUUACGUUUACAUCCGCAAUGCUCUAUUAAUACAGAAUAAUUACAAAAAGAAAAAAAUGAAUAAUAAAACAAAAAUGAAGAAUUUUUUCAUUCAUU